GUUGUUACAUCAGCUCACAGUCGUUUUCUAAACAAAUGUCCUUCCGGCAGGACCUAUUGUAAUUUCAGGCAGAGUAAGUUUGUCCGUGUCUCGUGAUGGCUUCCAAGAGUGCAAACGACGACCCCGGAAACUCCUCACAAACGCGGACACCACCGAUACCUAAUGCCGUGAUCGAUAGAAGCGAUCGCGAAGGGGAUGGCAAACAGUGGGGUUACGAUCUGUACCCGGAGCGGCGUGGUGAAAAAUUUAAGCCCAGUUGGGGUCGCGUAUUGCUCGGAAUGGAAGGAACGGAAAACCUGGAUAAAAUCAAAUGCGAACGCAAUGUGUAUGCUUGCGUGAAGAAAAGUCCGAUGGUGAAGCUCAUGAUGGGUGCAUUGAAGAGCUCCGGAUGCGAAAUUGAUAUCCGGCGCCAUAUAGCGUGUGAGGUUUGCGACACGUCCGUCAGCGGAGGGUACGAUCCAGUGCUUAAUCAGGUUGUUGUUUGCCAGAACAUUGCCCGCAACGAGGGCAUCGUGCAGGGGGUGUUGACGCACGAAAUGAUCCACAUGUUCGACUAUUGUAACAACAAUUUGGACUUUAAGAACAUCGAUCAUCUGGCGUGCACGGAAAUCCGGGCAGCCAAUCUAACCCAUUGUUCGUUCUUAAGCGCUUGUACGCAAGGCGAUGCUUCUCCUUUUAAAAUAAAGCAAGCACAUGCGGAUUGUGUGAAAACCAAAGCCCUACAUUCAGUGCUGGCCGUUCGUAAGGUUACCCCGGAAGAAGCAAUUGCGGCUGUAGAGCGUGUUUUUCCAAAGUGUUACAACGAUCUUGAACCGAUAGGCCGAAGGAUACGAAGGAAUUCGAAAGACAUGUACAAGGCGUAUAUGGAAGGCCCCAUGUACGGAUAUGACGUGGACUAAUGUGGGCAAAAAACGAUGCAAAAAAGCAAAACCAAUUGUUAAUGUUUAUUUUUAGCAUUUUUAGAACCAAUAAAUGGUAUGUUCGGUAGUGGAA